CUAAAUAAAAAUUAAGAAAAAAAAAUCUUCUGUCAAAAGGUCCGCCGCCUGCCACAUGUCACCACAUCGUUUUUAUUGUGAUUUAUAAUAAACUAUUAAAUAAAAUACUUUCUAAACAUGAAACCUCUUAUGCUGCAAGGGCACCAGCGUGCCAUCACACAGAUCAAAUAUAACCGCGAGGGUGACUUGCUCUUCUCCGCCGCUAAAGAUUCAAAACCAAAUGUUUGGUGGUCACUGAACGGCGAACGUCUUGGCACUUUCAACGGCCACGGUGGUGUAAUAUGGUGCCUUGACGUCGACUGGCAGUCAAUUAAUCUCAUCACAGGUGGUGGCGACAGUUCCUGCAGGUUAUGGGAUCUGGAGACAGGCAAGAAUAUUGCAACACUCAAAUCCAACUCUUCUGUAAGAACAUGCAACUUCAGCUAUAGUGCAUAUCAAGCUGCUUAUACCACUGACAAAGCUAUGGGACACCCUUGUGAGGUGUUCGUUAUUGAUACAAGAACAAUUGAUGAAACAGUGUCAGGUCAAGCUCCUAUUUUAAAAUGGGAAAUCACAGAUUCAAAGGUUACUUCAAUGAUUUGGGGUUCUUUAGAUGAGACAAUUAUCACUGGUCAUGAAGCUGGUGACCUUAUACAAUGGGAUCUGAGGACUGGUAAAAAAAUCCACUCUGUUAAAGAGCAUACCCACCAAAUCACCGAUAUGCAACUUUCUCGUGACGGCACAAUGUUUGUAACUGCUUCCAAGGAUCAUACUGCUAAGUUAUUUGACACUAACUCAUUAGAACUUCUUAAAGAAUACAAGACAGAGAGACCUGUAAAUUCUGCUGCUCUCAGUCCAAUCCUUGAUCAUGUUGUACUUGGUGGUGGUCAAGAUGCUAUGGAAGUGACAACCACAUCAACCAGACAGGGUAAAUUCGAUGCUCGUUUCUUCCACUUAGUAUUUGAAGAGGAGUUUGGCCGAGUGAAAGGUCACUUUGGUCCUAUCAACAGUUUGGCUUUCCAUCCAGAUGGAAAGUCCUAUGCUUCCGGAGGUGAAGAUGGUUAUGUUCGUGUUCAUAACUUUGAUCAAUCUUACUUUGACUACACUUUCGAUUACAAUAGGGAGUAGUUAAUUUGCAAUACUCUAGUGUUUCAUAAAAUUAUAAGAAAAUAAAGCCUCAUUAAAGUUUUUUGUA